AUGUCUUUCGGUGAAAUUGAUAAGCUAGCUGUUUCCACUAUCAGAUUGCUAUCUGUUGACCAAGUCUCCAAGGCUAACUCUGGUCACCCUGGUGCCCCAUUGGGUAUGGCUCCUGCUGCCCACGUCGUCUGGUCCCAGAUGAGAACCAACCCAAAGAACCCAGACUGGAUCGCCAGAGACAGAUUUGUGUUGUCUAACGGUCACGCCUGUGCUUUGCUGUACUCCAUGUUGCACUUGACUGGCUUCGACUUCUCCAUCGACGACUUGAAGAACUUCAGACAAUUGAACUCCAGAUGUCCAGGUCACCCUGAAUUCGAGUUGCCAGGUGUCGAAGUCACCACCGGUCCAUUGGGUCAAGGUAUCUCCAACGCUGUCGGUAUGGCCAUCGCCCAAGCCAACUUCGCCGCUACUUACAACAAGCCAGACUUCACCUUGUCUGACUCUUACGUCUACACUUUCUUGGGUGACGGUUGUCUGCAAGAAGGUGUCUCUUCCGAAGCCUGCUCUUUGGCCGGUCACUUGAAGCUAGGUAACAUCAUUGCCAUCUACGACGACAACAAGAUCACCAUCGAUGGUAACACCACCGUCUCCUUCGAUGAAGACGUCUGCAAGAGAUACGAAGCCUACGGCUGGGAAGUCCUACACGUCGAGAACGGUAACGAGGACCUAAACGCCAUCGCUCAAGCCGUCAACAAGGCUAAGCAAUCCAAGGACAAGCCAACCUUGAUCAAGAUGACCACCACCAUCGGUUACGGUUCCCUAAACGCUGGCUCUCACUCCGUCCACGGUUCCCCAUUGAAGGAAGACGACUUGAAGCAACUAAGAAAGAAGUUCGGUUUCGACCCAGAGAAGUCCUUCGUCGUCCCACAAGAAGUCUACGACUACUACCAAGCCAAGAUCGCCACCCCAGGUGCCAAGGCUAACCAAGAAUGGGACGCCAAGUUCGCCAAGUACCAACAAAAGUACCCAGAACAGGGUAAGGAAUUGGCUAGAAGAUUGGCCGGUGAAUUGCCAGCUGGCUGGUGCUCUAAGUUGCCAACUUACACUCCAGCUGACUCCGCCGUCGCUACCAGAAAGUUGUCCGAAAUCGUCUUCCAAAGCAUCUACGAUGAAUUGCCAGAAAUGAUCGGUGGUUCCGCUGACUUGACCCCAUCCAACUUGACCAGAUGGAAGGAGGCCGUCGACUUCCAACCACCAUCCUCCGGCUUGGGUGACUACUCCGGUAGAUACAUCAGAUACGGUAUCAGAGAACACGGUAUGGCCGCUAUCAUGAACGGUAUCUCCGCCUUCGGUGCCAACUACAAGGCUUACGGUGGUACUUUCUUGAACUUCGUUUCCUACGCCGCCGGUGCCGUCAGAUUGUCCGCUCUAUCCGGCCACCCAGUCAUCUACGUUGCCACCCACGACUCCAUCGGUGUCGGUGAGGAUGGUCCAACCCAUCAACCUAUCGAAACCUUGGCUCACUUCAGAGCUUUGCCAAACUUGCACGUCUGGAGACCAGCUGACGGUAACGAAACCUCCGCUGCUUACAAGGUCGCUUUGGAAUCCAAGCACACCCCAUCCGUCAUUGCCCUAUCCAGACAAAACUUGCCACAAUUGGAAGGUUCCUCUGUUGAAAAGGCUCUAAAGGGUGGUUACGUCUUGAAGGAAGCCAACAACGCCGACAUCACUUUGGUCUCUACCGGUUCCGAAGUUUACUUGACCGUUGACGCUGUCAAGGUCUUGGCUGCUAAGGGUAUCACCGCCCGUGUUGUCUCCUUGCCAGACUUCCUAGCCUUCGACCAACAACCAGAAGAUUACAAGUUGUCCGUCCUACCAGACGGUGCUCCAGUCAUGUCUGUCGAAGUCUUGUCCACCAAGAGUUGGGGUAAGUACGCUCACGAAUCUUUCGGUAUCGACAGAUUCGGUGCUUCCGGUAAGGCACCAGAAGUUUACGACUACUUCGGCUUCACUCCAGAAGGUAUCGCUGAAAGAGCUGAAAAGGUCGUUAAGUUCUACCACGGCCAAAAGCUAUCUUCUCCAUUGAAGAAGGCUCUAUAA